GUACGUGUCCAAAGAUCUUAGUUACUCCAACCUACUCUUUAAACAGUACAAUUAGGCUGUACAAGCCAAGCAUCUGCAAUGAAGUGGUUCAGGGAGUAAAUGGAAACAAUCCAGUUAAGUAUUCUCCGUGGCCAGCUUCAAACUCAAAGCCACAAGUGCCUCCAAAGCCAUUACAUCUGCAGAAUUCACAGUCAUCCAUUACCCACCAAACCCCUAAGUCUAAAGCUUUGUAUACCACGAAGCCAAGAAUGGAGGAAAUUACACCUAUCUCUUCUUGUGUCUCGAAAGAAAAAUCUAGUAAAGUGUCUGAUCUCAUCAGUCAUUUUGAAGGAGGCAGCACAUCCUUUUCCAAUGAACUGAAGAAAGACUCUUCUGUUUUAAAUGUUGGUAAACCUCAAGGAAAGUAUGGACCAGUGCCAUCACCUCAGCCAAAAUUCCUCACCCAGCAUCCCCUACACGAGCAGGGAAACAGUAGAGAUUGGUCUCAGGAUGUACAGAAUCACACAGCCAAUGGCAUAAUAGCACAGAAUCAGUGGGACUGCCAAGACAAGGGGUCUGCCUACCGUGCCUGCAGAAACAUUCAAAAUGACUGUGAUGCAGUUGAUAGCAGUUUGGUAAAUGGGGAAAGAGGGAACACUAGUACGGACUCAUUGCCAACCACAGCAGCUUGCAAGGGGCAGAAGAUCAAGAGCUAUCACUGGGCUUCAAGUGCAAAUUCAUUUCCAUCUGUAAAAGAAGCUGGAGAGAUGAUUGCCAAUAAGGAAGAGAAGCGGGUUGAGCAAGGCAGUCAGCGAGACUCUAACACAGAGAUAAAGGAAACAAAUGAAGAGAAAUGUUACAAAAUUGUCAAUGAGCUUUUGCACACUGAAAGAGCUUAUGUGAGUAGACUUGCUCUCUUGGAUCAGGUCUUUUAUAGCAAACUAAUGGAUGAAGCUAACAGGGGAUCAUUUCCAGCUGAAGUCGUUAAUAAAAUAUUUUCCAAUAUUUCAUCCAUAAAUCAGUUCCAUAGUCAAUUCUUGCUACCUGAUCUUGAGAAAAGGAUGCAAGAAUGGGACACCAAUCCCAGGAUCAGUGAUAUUCUGCAGAAACUGGCUCCUUUUCUCAAGAUGUAUGGAGAGUAUGUGAAGAAUUUUGACAAUGCAAUGGAGUUGGUAAAAACAUGGACUGAGAGAUCUCCUUGUUUCAAAUCUAUUAUUCAAGAUAUUCAGAAACAGAAAGUUUGUGGAAAUCUGACUUUGCAGCAUCACAUGCUAGAACCUGUACAACGAAUUCCAAGAUAUGAGAUGCUGUUGAAGGAUUAUUUGAGAAAAUUGCCUGCAGAUUCUCUCGAUUGGAAAGAUGCUGAAAAAUCCUUGGAAAUUAUAUCCACAGCUGCAAGUCACUCUAAUAGUGCCAUUCGGAAAAUGGAAAAUUUGAAGAAGUUACUAGAAGUGUAUGAAAUGUUAGGGGAAGAAGAAGAUAUUGUCAACCCGUCAAAUGAACUGAUAAAAGAAGGGCAAAUACUUAAGCUUGCUGCUCGCAACACAUCAGCUCAAGAAAGAUAUCUCUUCUUAUUCAAUAACAUGUUGCUGUACUGUGUACCAAAAUUCAGCUUAGUGGGAUCUAAGUUUACAGUCCGGACAAGAGUAGGCAUUGAUGGUAUGAAGAUUGUAGAAACCCACAAUGAAGAAUAUCCACACACUUUCCAAGUGUCUGGGAAAGAACGAACUUUAGAGUUGCAGGCCAGCUCUGAACAAGACAAAGAAGAAUGGAUAAAGACUCUUCAGAGUACUAUAGAUGCUUUUCAGCAAAGAAAUGAAACAUUCAGAAAUGCAAUUGCAAAAGAAUAUGAUGACAUGCCUAUUGAAGUUUCUACUGCUGAGCUCGGGAAGAGAGCCCCAAGAUGGAUCCGAGACAAUGAAGUGACUAUGUGUAUGAAAUGCAAAGAGCCAUUUAAUGCACUAACAAGGAGGAGACAUCAUUGCCGAGCUUGUGGGCAUGUGGUUUGCUGGAAAUGUUCUGAUUAUAAAGCUCAUCUUGAGUAUGAUGGCAAUAAACUGAACAAAGUCUGUAAAGAUUGCUACCACAUUAUAACAGGGUGCACUGAUAGUGAAGAAAAGAAAAAAAGAGGAAUCUUGGAGAUUGAAUCAGCAGAAGUGUCAGGGAAUAGUGUGAUAUGUAGUUUUCUACAGUACUUGGAAAAAUCGAAAACAUGGCAAAAGGCUUGGUGUGUGAUACCUAAACAUGAAGCCCUUGUUUUAUAUAUGUAUGGCGCUCCACAGGAUGUCAAAGCCUUGGCUACUAUUCCACUUUUGGGCUACACAGUAGAUGACACCCCAAGAAGUGCUGACCUCCCUCACAGUUUCAAAUUGACUCAGUCUAAGUCUGUGCACAGUUUUGCAGCAGAUAAUGAAGAGCUGAAACAGAAGUGGUUGAAAAUCAUCUAUAUGGCUGUUAAAGGUGAAACACCAGAUUGCUGCAAUGAUUCACAAAUCAGUUUGGAGGAUCAGCAUGAAAGCACUGCAAAACUGGAAUCCACCAAUGGUCUGUAAAGCUGUAUUUCUCCCAUUCAUAUUGGGGUUGACACUACUUCCUAAAACAAAUUUGAAAAUACGCCAGCCUUUCUGCCAUGGUUCUUAGCACUUUAUGUUGAAAAAGAACAAAAAAGUCCAUAUCGUUUUAGACAAAUUGUCCUUAUGUUUAUGUUAUGUCAAUAAAAUUAAUGUACAGAAGCA